GUCGUAUUUUCAUUCUUUCUUCCGUACUUCUUCCGCUGGCACCUCUGUCUAUAGCACUUGCCAAAAACACAUCCAAUAAUGCAGGGGUUCAACAGAUACGUUCCACCAGACUACGACCCCAAAAAGGCAUCAACGCUCAACUUGCAUCAAGGAAAGAAACAUGCAUUAGGAAAGCGUGCCAAGGACAUUGACAAGGGUAUCUUAGUCGUUCGAUUUGAACUUCCUUUCAACAUCUGGUGUGGUACUUGCGGUGCACACAUAGGUGCUGGCGUACGAUAUAACGCGCAAAAACGUAAAGUUGGCAACUACUAUUCGACCCCUAUAUUCGCUUUCCGCUGCAAAUGCCAUCUUUGCUCUGGAUGGUUUGAAAUCCGCACAGAUCCCAAAAAUGCGGCAUACAUCGUUGAAGAAGGUGCGAAAAAGAAGGACGAAGACUGGGAUCCAGAAGAACAUGGCGGGUUCAGAAUUCAUGAUACCGAGGCACCUUCAGCAUCUGAAACCGCCACCGCAGACCCAAUAGCCCACCUGGAGAAGACAAUAGAUCAGCAAGAGUGGGCCAAGAAGGGUACCUCACGCCUCACAGAACUUAGCCGGCAAUCUGCUCGCCUUUCCGCCGAUCCUUAUGCUGUAUCGGCCGCACUGCGAAGGAAAUUCCGGGAAGAAAAAAAGGUGAUGCUAGAAAAGCAAGAUCGAGACGAUGCUGUGAAAGAACGGUAUGGAUUAGGAGAGGAUGUUGAUUUAGGGGACGAGGCCGUGGAGGGUGGGAGGGAAGAAUGGAAGGCGGGUAGAACAGAAAAGGGGCUGCAUAUUCCAGGAAGCUCGACUUCCUCUGUCAAAGGUGUGGACCGUUCAAUCGGUAAACAGAGAGGCAUUGGCAAAAGAAGAUUGAGCGAUUCGCCUGCACAUCUGGCAGAAGUUUUAAGAAAAUCGACAGCGAAAAAAUACAAUCCAUUCGAUUUCCCUGUAGCAGGUUUCGGUUCGCCAUCAUCUCCAUCGGCGUUGCUCGAAGGUUUAGGAACGAGAGGCCGGAUGAAGGAAAUGGCAAUACCGAGACGCAAGAAAUCUGUAGAGGGACGAGCAGUGAAUUUGGCAGAGGACAAUUCUGGAAAUGCGAGCUUUGGCCUCUUAUCGGGGUAUGAGAGCGAUUAGGGCCUUGUAAUCAUCAUUGGUGUAGAAACUUCCGUUGUAAUAUCUCUAGCAUCCGCCAUUUGUUGUAUGACAUAUUUUACGUAAUCCAAUCGCACGUCGACUAUAAUAGCACACUGCACUGCAACUGCAUGACCA